CAUCCACUCUUCCCUCUCCUGGCGCUGCUGUUUGAGAAGUGCGAACAGGCCACGCAGGGAUCCGAAUGCAUCACGUCCGCCAGCUUUGACGUAGACAUCGAAAACUUUGUCCACCAGCAAGAGCGAGAACACAAGCCCUUCUUCAGCGAGGACCCGGAGCUGGACAACCUGAUGGUGAAGGCCAUUCAGGUGUUGCGGAUUCACCUGCUGGAGCUGGAGAAGGUCAAUGAGCUCUGCAAGGAUUUCUGCAACCGCUACAUCACCUGCCUCAAGACCAAGAUGCACAGCGACAACCUCCUCCGAAACGACCUCGGGGGGCCCUACUCCCCAACUCACACCAGUCUCAGCAUGCAGCAGGAACUAAUUCAGACCUCCUCUCCAUCCAUGACCUCUGUCUCCAGCUCCGUUAACCCUUCGGGGAUUGUGGUGCCCUCUGGAGGCCUGCAACAGGGCAAUGUCGCCAUGACUACCAUCAACUCGCAAAUGGUAUCAGGGGCUUAG